AUGUCCGCGGUUCUUCGUCUGUCUGCUGCCCGAUCUCUUGCCGUCGCUUCUGUCCGACGAUCGGUUGUCCCCUCUAUGGCCAUUGCGCGCCGCUUCAACUCGACUGAAGCUGCUGCCCCAGUCGACCCUAAGAUCUCCGCCAUUGUCGAUUCUAUCUCUACUUUGACUCUUCUUGAGACUGCUGCUCUUGUAAAGGAGCUUAAGACCCGCCUCGACAUUCCCGACAUUUCUUUCCCUGCCGCUGGUGCCGGUGCUCCUGCAGCAGCUGCUGCCCCCGUCGAAGAGGCUCCCGCUGAGGAAGCUCCUAAGGAGAAGACUAUGUUUACUCUUAAGCUUGAAUCUUUCGACCCUAAGGCUAAGCCUAAGAUUAUUAAGGAGGUUAAGAGUCUGCUUGGUCUCUCGCUUGUCGAGUCCAAGAAGUUUGUUGAGUCCGCACCCAAGGUUCUUAAGGAAAAUGUGGUUAAGGAGGAUGCCGAGAAAAUUAAGGCUGCUAUUGAGGCUGCUGGUGGUAAGGUCUCUUUGGAUUAA